AUGCUGCUCGAAACUCUGUUGAAUCAAGAGGGUUAUCAUGAGCACGCUGACAAUGUGCGGAACAUUUCCAUGAGUGGUGCAAAGUGCCUUGGCGUCAUCGCUAGAACUGUUGGUGAUGCAAUUGUCCCUCUUGUGAUGCCAUUUAUUAAGGUUAACAUCACAAACCUGGAUUGGCAUUGUCGCGAGGCAGCUACUUUUGCAUUUAGCUCUAUCCUUGAAGGUCCCUCUGUUGAGAAGCUUACCCCCCUGAUGCAGGCUAGACUUGAUUUCUUGUUCAACUCAAUGAAAGAUCCAAACAACCAGGUAAAAGUCUCCACCGCGUGGACCCUUCGAUGGAUGUUUGAGCUUUUGCAUUCUCCAGCCAGUGGAAUUCCAGUUAUAACAAAUGCAAACCAAUCAUGA